AUGACCGGGACAGAACGUAAAGUAUUUCAGAAAUACUACCCUCCGGAUUAUGAUCCAACUAAAUUGCCUAGAGCGAAAGGAACCCGAGCUCGACAGUUCGUUCAACGGGUCAUGACUCCAUUCAAUAUGCAAUGUAAUACAUGUCAUGAAUACAUUUACAAAGGAAAGAAGUUCAAUAUGAAAAGAGAGACGGUAGAGGGUGAAGAUUACCUGGGCCUCAGGCUAUUUCGGUUUUAUUUCAAGUGUCCAAAUUGCUUAGCGGAAAUCACGUUCAAAACAGACUUGGAGAACUGUGAUUAUCAGAAUGAACAUGGUGCUACUCGAUUAUUCGAGGCAAUGAAGCUUUAUCAAGAUGCUGAAAAGGCCAGAGAAGCGCAGGAAGAAGAGGAUAAGAAGGACCCAAUGAAAAUGCUCGAAAAACGAACGAUGUUGAGUCGCGCGGAGAUGGAAGCCAUGGUACUUUCGAUACCUGAACAGAUAAAGCUACAGGAGGAGGAGGACGAAGCUUUGAUUAGGAAGGUUUAUGGUAAAACUGCUGAUGGUAAGAUUAUGAAACGGAUAGAGGACGACGUGAAGGAAGGAAGAGGAGGACGAAGACUUGAAACAAGCCUGGUACAAAUAUCUACAUUGGCUGAACCUGCAGACAUCAAGCCUUUCGAUAUAAAGCCAAAUUUUGCGAAGGAUCCACCGAAACGUGCCAACGAUCAGAGGUCCUUGUUAUCAAAGAUGGUGAUCGUGAAGAAAAAGAAGCUGGAAAUAAAAGAGGAACCAGCUGAUGAGUGUCCUGAACCACCUCCUCCUGCUCCUCCUCCAACGCCCUCCACUGCGGAAGUAAAACCGACUAAUGGACUGCUUGGCCUCUGCGCCUACGGAAGUGGAUCUGAUUCGGACUGA